CCGUUGAGACCCCCUCUCACGGAGCUACAGCGCACAGACACUGCAGCGAUUUUAGAUUUAAAAUGGUGCCAUGUUCCUGUGGCAGAGCAGCCGGUGCUGGGGAUGGCUGCGGCUACAGGAGAGUUGCAGAUGUUCACACUGUCAGACAGUCAGGAGGGUGGACUCCGUCUGCAGCCUCUGUGCUGCAGCCAGGUUGGAGCAGAGAGACUCGCUCUGUCGCUGGACUGGUCCACUGGAAGAAUGGACAGCAGCAGCGACGUGCGGGUGGUGUGCAGUGACUCUGCAGGCUGCAUCACUGUGUUUUCUCUGGCUGAAGGCGCACUGACACCACUGUGUGAGUGGAAGGGCCAUGACUUUGAGGCUUGGAUCUCAGCCUUCUCCUACUGGGACACACAGCUGCUUUAUUCUGGUGGGGAUGACUGCAAACUCAAAGGCUGGGAUCUCCGAGCUGGUCCUUCACGCCCGGCUUUCAUCAGUAGAAGUCACUCCAUGGGUGUGUGCAGCAUUCACAGCAAUCCACACCGUGAACAUAUCCUGGCUACAGGCAGUUACGACGAGCGGGUUUUGCUGUGGGACAGCAGGAACAUGAAGCAGCCCCUUAGGGAGACUCCAGUGGGUGGUGGGGUGUGGAGGCUAAAGUGGCACCCAGACGAUCCAGACCUGCUGCUAGCAGCGUGCAUGCACAACGACUUCCAUAUCCUGCACUGCCAGCAGGCCCUAGAGGGCGGCGGGGGGCCGUGUCCAGUUGUGUCCUCCUACAUCCUUCACAACUCCUUGGCAUAUGGAGCGGACUGGUCCAGGCUGCCCCUCCAGGGCUUUGCUCCCCACUCCCCUCCCACCACACAUUCAAAGGAAAGUCCUGCCGAGAGCGGAGGACAUUUACGGCUCCAGUACGAAUCACCCACAGCCAGCUUCGACACUUCCCUGGAGGACGACUUGGGCCGAUACAUCCCAGAGGAACCCCCCACAGCCCCCUCUACCUCCCCUGCUGCAGGUCCAGCCCCCAACCCUGAGGACGCUGCCUCGCUGUCCUGUUUGCUCGCCACAUGCUCGUUCUAUGACCACAUGCUCCACUUGUGGCGCUGGGACUGGACUCGAUGAGACUCAGCAGGAGUUGCAUCAUUGCUGAUAAACUGGUUUGAGGCAACACCAAUAUAUUCUUCCAUUGACGAUGGAUUCUCCACUCUAGAAUAUUUUAUCCAAUCACCAAAAACUUUUUAUGAUUGCUGUAUUUAAUAAUGAAUUCUGCUCAAUCCUUAUUCUGCAUUUGUACUGUGGCAGCAGUGCACCCAGCACAGUUCACCCUCAGACACUUGUUUUAAUGGAACCCCUGCACAGAAACACAUCUGACUACUAGUCUGUCGUGUUUUCUGUUUCAUGUCGUCAUUGAAGCUCAUCUCAAAUGAAAUGUUGAAUAAAUAGUUGCCCUGGAGUCUACACGACACCAUU